CGCAGCGGUGCGCGCGCGCCUUUUUUUUGUCUGUGCGCGGUGGUUCGCGGUUUGAAUUCUUUGAUUGACCAACGUUCGAAAACGCGGUUUGACUUUUUGAAAUAAAAUCGUUUGUUUUGUGAUAAAGUGAAACCAAAGCAAUAAACAAAGAACUUAGUUUGCUAAAACUUUGUUAUCAUAAUUAUACAAGUGCUACGAAGAAAUUACAAAAAACUCGAGUAGACUUUAAAAAGUGCGAAUGUGACAAUGCAAUAUGGCGGAUUUCCUGACGAAACUUAAGCGGCUAGGUAGGGGAGGUGCGAGACAGACGAACAGUAUAUAUUCAAUGGUAUCGUGCAGUGACGUCACGCCGGGCAGCCUGGAGGUCUGGUUGGAUCUGCCCGACGAGAUCAAAUACGAUCCCUCGCUCGCGCCCUUCAAGCAACUGUACGAACAGCGACACGGCAAGUUGGAGCGAUCAGAACAGCACACGGAAGGGGAUAAGACAAUCGGCAAUGGAAAGACAACGGAUAGUUGUAUACCGUCUGAAAACGGGAAUGAGGUCACCAAAGAUUGCGAGAACGGAUUAAUGGACCAAAUGUUACCAGAAAAAGAAAACAAGAAGAAAUCAACGAAAAAGAAACAGAUAAACCGUAUGUUACGCGUCAUCAAAUUAGGCGCACUGGUAGCCUGCUGGGGCCUGUUGACCGUCUCCUUGCUGCUCAAUAUGGAGACCAGCGACGUGGUCCUCCAUACUGCUGUAGAAGCCGGUAGUGUUAAAGAAUACGAGCUCAGCGGCACGUCUGAGACGGCGAAGGUCCUAGUGACACUGGCCGGGCCAUUCGAAGAGGCGGCUACUAAUGACUCUAAUAGUCUACUCUUUCUCUGCCUUCGUAAGACUCCAAAUAAAUGGGCUGAAUAUGAACUGAACUCGAGCGUGUGGACGGUGCGCUUGAAGGCGGACGAUGUGAUGGACUUUGCGGCCAGUUCCUCCGAUGCAAGGAUAUUGGAACUGCAGUCAAUACCGCACGACCACCACACCAACACAUCACGUGACCACAACUCAACAAAACCUGCCAGUAGUUCUAUAGCAAACAAUGUCGAUAUAGAGGGAAAUGAUUCAAAAGUAAGGUUAUGCGUGUGGAGCACGAGCAACAACACGGUGCCCAUCACCGUCAGCUACCACGUGGAUCCCAUCUCGGAGGAUGACGGCAUCGUCUACGCCUCGCUGUUGCUCGCCUCCUUGUAUAUACUUAUCAUAUUUGAGGUGGUGAACAGAACUAUAGCGGCACUUCUCUCAUCGUCGCUUGGCAUCGCGGUGCUGGCGCUGGGCGGCGCGCGGCCCUCGCUGCCCGAGCUGGUCUCCUGGCUGGACGUGGAGACGCUGCUGCUGCUCUUCAGCAUGAUGCUGCUGGUCGCCAUUCUCGCAGAGACCGGCCUCUUCGAUUACUUGGCCGUGCUCGCGUUCGAGGUGACCGGAGGCAGAACGUGGCCGCUUAUCAAUUGCUUGUGCUUCUUCACAGCGUUCUUCUCCACGUUCCUCGAUAACGUAACGACGGUGCUUUUGAUGACACCUGUAACAAUUAGGCUGUGCGAGGUGAUGCAGCUGAACCCGGUGCCGGUGCUGAUGUCGAUGGUGAUCUUCAGCAACGUCGGCGGCGCGGCCACGCCCGUUGGCGACCCGCCCAACGUCAUCAUAGCCAGCCAUCCCUCUAUAUUACACGAGAACAUAAACUUCACGACGUUCACGCUGCACAUGGGGGCGGGCAUCCUGCUGGUGGCGGCGCAGACCUACCUGCAGCUGCGUUACAUGUUCCGGGACAUGAACGCGCUGCGCCACACCGUGCCCCGGGACAUACAAGAGCUGCGGCAGGAGCUGGCGGUGUGGCGACGCGCGGCGGCCUCGCUCGCCUCCUACUCGCGCGACGAGGACAUCGUGCGCAGGGCUCUCGAGAAAAAGGUACAGAAACUGCACGCUACCUUGCAGAAGCGCGAGUCCGGCAGCGGCAGGUCCAAGUCCGAUCCUCUUUUCUGUUCUACUCUGGCGCAAAUGAAACAAAAGUACCGCAUAAGGGACAAGCCGCUGCUGGUCAAGUCGGCGGUGUGCGUCGCCUUCGUUGUCGUCGUCUUCUUCUUGCACGCUAUACCGGAGCUGCAACGGCUGUCGCUGGGCUGGACGGCACUGCUGGGCGCGCUGCUGCUGCUGCUGCUGGCGGAGCGCGAGGACCUGGAGCCGGUGCUGGCGCGCGUCGAGUGGUCUACGCUCCUCUUCUUCGCUGCACUCUUCGUGCUCAUGGAGGCGCUGUCUAAGCUGGGUCUUAUAUCUUGGAUCGGCAGGAUGACGGAGUCGGUCAUCCUGCAAGUGAACGAGGAGUCGCGGCUCACGGUCGCGCUCCUGCUCAUCCUGUGGGUGUCGGGGGUGGCGUCGGCGUUCGUGGACAACAUCCCUCUGACGACGAUGAUGGUGCGUGUGACGGCGGCGCUGAGCUCGCCAGCCGGCCUGGCGCUGCCGCUGGCGCCGCUCGCCUACGCGCUCAGCUUCGGCGCCUGCCUCGGAGGUAACGGCACUCUGAUCGGCGCGAGCGCGAACGUGGUGUGCGCCGGCGUGGCGGAGCAGCACGGCUACCGCUUCUCCUUCUUGCAGUACCUCAAGGUGGGCUUCCCCAUCAUGAUCGGCAACCUGAUGGUCGCCUCCGUCUACCUCCUCUUCUGUCACAGCAUCUUCCAGUGGCACUGACCGCCACGCGGCACAAAAUGGUUCAUCCAUUUACAAAUGUUAAUGUAACAAAUUGUUUUACUUUUUAAA